AAAAGGGAAUUAUUGAGCGUUUAAAUGGUCUUUGUUUUGGGAGGAUUCCCAGCCCCCCCCCAGUCUUCCUAUUUGAAAACUAAAGAACAAAAUGUAUGACAGGUACGGUAGUUCGCUCAAAUACCUUCACGUCUCGUUAACCUAGGAGGUCAAGACAAGCCAAGUAGGACUUCGUAACGUUGUCUUAGCUAAAAAAAAAAAAAAAAACCUUCCAUCUUCCUCGUAGCGGCGUCCAUGAGUCUUCUUUGUGUUCCAUGGAAGAAAACCAGUAUACGUCGUUGACGGUACCCACGGAUUAUUUUCAGCAGUGGUACCAGUCCAGCCAGCAGCACCCCGAGGCUCAGCAUGUGAUGACGUAUCACAACAUGGGCCACUACGCAGAAGGGCCCAGUGAUGACCUCGUCAUGGCCGAGCUGUCCGUCCACCGGGAACCACCCGUCUACCAGGAACCUUUUUAUCAGAACUAUAACCCCCCGGCCCAGAAUCACUACCAGGAGCUGACCUACCAGCCGCACGCCAGGGAGCAGCAGCAGCCGCAGCCGCAUCCUGCCCACCUGCACCACCCUCAGCAUCAACAUACAAUACAGCAGUUGGAGCCGAGUGUUCGGCAUCCGCCUCAGCCUUCUGCUCCCUCUCAAGUUGUGACGCCGGUGAAGAAGAAGAGAGGGCGGCCUCCAAAGCAGCCGGUGGAGGACGGCAAGACGCAGGAGGAGGAGAACGAGAUCGAGGCCGCCAAAAAAGCCAAGAGGGCUCUCAACCGCUUCAACGGCAUGUCGGUGGCCGAGGUCAUGGCCAAAACCCUGCCGGACGUCAUCACCUACAACCUUGACAUUCUGAUCAUUGGAAUUAACCCAGGACUGCUGUCAGCCUUCAAAGGACGCCAUUAUCCAAACCCAGGAAACCAUUUCUGGAAAUGUCUGUUUCUGUCUGGGCUCACUGACGAGCAGCUCAACUUCAUGCACGACCAGAGCCUGCCGGAGAAAUAUAACAUCGGCUUCACCAACAUGGUGGAGAGGACCACGCCCGGCAGCAAGGACCUCUCCAGUAAGGAGAUCAGAGAAGGAGGUCGACAGCUACUCGACAAGCUGCAGAAAUACAGACCAUUAAUAGCAGCUUUUAAUGGAAAAGGUAUUUAUGAAAUCUUCUGCAAAGAAACCUUCGGCGUGAAGGCAAAGAAUCUCGACUUUGGUCUGCAGCCGUACAAAAUCCCAGAAACUGAAACGGUGUGCUACCUGAUGCCGUCAUCGAGCCCUCGCUGUGCCCAGUUCCCCCGCGCGCAGGAUAAGGUACAUUUCUACAUCAAGCUGAAGGAACUGCGGGACGAGAUGAAGGGCCUGCUACCCAAGAUCGAGGUGGAAGAGACGGAGUACUCGUUCGACCUGCAGCUGGCAAAAGAGGAUGCGAAGAGGAUGGCAAUCAAAGAGGAGCAGGUGGACCCGGAGUACGAGAGCUGUGGUGGGCUGCAUGGCGACGCCAGCCGGAGCAGCAACUCCACCAACUAAAAAAGGCCGAGCGGAGGAGAGAAAACAGGCCCGUCUGCCUGUAGCGCACAGGUAGUCACCGCGUUGUUCCGAUUAUAUUCAGUUGGAACUAAAUGGAAUUGGGAGUUUCAGGUGCUUAAACUCUUAACCGUAUGUAAUGACUACAAAUCACUGUGAUAGAUUUGCUUAUCUAGAGCUAUUCAGAAGUGGAAACAGGUAGGGGAACAAAAUCCAAAAUCAGCUUAUCCCCCUCUCGCCGUCAUUUGUGUAAAACGAUGACCUCAACCACCCUGGAAGUAAAAGUGGAUCCGUUAGUCCGACGACAUUUUUAAGGCACGCGUUACAUUCUCAGAAAACACGGAACGCAAACAAAACGUUUGUUUGUUUACAAGAAAAACACCACGGGGCACCUUUUCUUUUUUCUUUUUUCUUCUUCUUUUUUUUUUUUUCAAAGGUCACGUCAUUUGCAGUAAAUGACAUAAAGACCCACAAAAAAAACAAAAAAAAACAUCUUCCGGGUGGUUUCUAAAGAUAAAAUAAAUCAGCUGAACCGUUUGAAAACCGACUUCUCCUCCUGCGAAGCAGCACAAUCCAUUUUCUCGGCGGGGGGGGGGGGGGGGGGGGGGGGUUGCGUUGCGUUGCGGGUUAUCUUUGCAGAAGUGGACAUUGUAGGCCAGUCAGCGGACAACAUCGCAUCGGCGCGGCGCGGGGGACCACUGCAGCUGGAGAGGUCCGCUGAUCAGAUACCAGAUAUCAGCUGUACUAGUAGCAUGAUGCAUCAAAUGAGGUGGCGAGACGCCUUCGAGAUGACACCACGAGAAAAGAGAAGCCGUGCCGUUUCCCACGAGGCCUCGCAGCGUGACGCACAACAGAGAAUACGUGCCCAAAACGACGGUCACAUUUUCUAAACUCUCGGAACAGACUGCAUGUUUUUGGUGUUAUUUUUUAUCACUAUUUAUUGCAUUUUGUAUGGUACAUGUGUCCAGUGACUUAUUUUUGUAUUUUGAAAGAACGAACAUUUUAUGAUUUUAUCAGCUGUAUAAAUAGGUAAUUGUACUCGGGAGUUUCUAAUCUGUAAUUACAGAGUUAUUAAAUCUCUUCUAAAAGCUGGUAA